AUAAAUUCGCCUUGCAAAAAGUUCAAUGCAGCAAAAGUGUAAAAAUCAUUUGAAAUUUUAUUUAAAAACUCUUUCGAAUUUAAUGAAAGAAUUCAUUUGCAAAACGUAGCAAUAACGCGUAGUAUAAGUGGAAGUUAAGAGUAAAGUGUUUACAAUAGCUUCGGUUGUGAUAAGCGAUCGCGCGUUUUUGUGUAUUGCGUUGGUUUUUUCGGACAAAGUUUUAGAAUAUUCGUUCACACUUAUGUAUGCCCUGGGAUUAUACUUCAUUAACUACGCGCUGAUAUGCACUAAUGAAUGAUGUGCAAAGAUUUGGCAUAUGGUUUCCAGAGUUGAUAGUGAUUAUUGUGGCGUUGGCCAACCGUUGGCCACGGGCCUAGUGACAUACGCGUGCCCCACUAAGCUAACUAAUGAAAGUCUCAAAUGCAUGUACUUUGUCAUUGCUGUGUCAAUGUGGAGCUUCCUCUUAAGUGAAUUUAAAGCAAUAACUUGCAAAAAAAUAAAUAAAUAAAAUACCUAUUAGUUAUAAUUUCAAAAUGGAUUCAAGCACAAGUAUUGAUCCGCUCAAUGAUUCUGCGCCAAUGCCAGAACUAAGUUUUGAGGAUUUAUUGGACGAUUCGCCUGUAAAGAAGGCAAUUGCCGAUAUCGACGACCCUUUGGGUCUCGAAGAUGAGGUCAGCACACUAAAAAAUGACACUUUAAAUACGCCCGGGCCCAAGAAACCACCACAACAUAUGAAACUAGCUGCAACCGGACCACGAACCUCGGCCACUAAUCCAUCGCCAAGUGCGAAUAGCACAACUGAAAGGACCCCAAUCAUGACAGCAACAUCAACAAAACUAGCUUCUGCUGCAACAAACACAGCAAGUGCUACAAAAAGCGCAACGACCACAGCAACUUCAGCACCGAUUGUACUGAACAGUAGAAAUAUUUUACCAAAAUCAGUUGCAAGUGGCAGUCAGUUAGUAAAAAUUACACCAAAAAUAAUAGUGUCUAGCGCACCGACACUCUCGAAGAGCCCUUCAACAUCAACAGUUACUGUGACAGCUACAACGACGGCGGAUGGCAAAACGGCUAUAAAGACACCGAAUGGACAAAUAUUGUAUAUCCAAAAAAAGACUACUCCUACGGCUGCCAGCAAUGUGGGUACUGCAUCCAUAAGCAACUCUGCGCUUGCAGCUGCAACAACAUCGGCAACUGGCAGCAAUAAAACCGUUGCCUUCAAACUAAUGCGUACAUCCGGUAGUGGUGGUUUGGUGCCUAUCAAAAACACAAAUGCAGUUGCCACAACCACUACAACAGGCGCAACAACAACAAAAGCUGAUGCAACAUACAAGAAUACGCAUACAAUGUCGCCAAAAAUUGCCACCCAAUUGACAGCGCCCGUCGGCAACAAACGCGUCAUAUCUACUGCAGGCGGACAGGUUGUGGUCAAGACGUCACAAGCAGCGGCUGCAACAGUAACAGCAGCAGCAACCAACAAUAAAAUGGUAGCUAAUAGGUCAACAGUGGCUACCGCUGCAUCGGGGACCACAACAACAUAUCGGUUGAGUGGCGGUACACUAACAAGUCACACUACUAUUGGCACUAGCAGUACCACUCAUAUAGCUAAUACCAACAAAGCGUCUGUGUCCGGUGGGCACAAAAUUUACGUACAAAGUGCCAAUGGCAAGCAAAUUCUUGUCUCCAAUCAACAACUUAUCAAAUUGUCUCCAAAGCCAACCACCCCAAGUGCAACUUCAACCUCUGCAGCAUCCAAUGCAGGCACAUCGACUAGCGCCUCAACUGGUGGUACCACGGCACGUCAACUGCAAGCGAUACAGUUGCCCGGCAAGUCAGUGCAAUACUUGCGUGUGUUUCCGAAAGGUAGCGCGGAUAUCAGUGGUAAUGCUACGUCUGCCGCACCUCCAACAGCUACUUUAACGAGCACAUCAUCGGCGGCAGGCACCACACAAAGCCCCAAUCCAACGUCGUCGACGAUUAAGAUAUUAAAUUCUGCUGGCGUGCCCCCAAAAUUCACUGUUGUACGCCCAAGUCCGACGGGAUCGGCGAAACUCAUUUUAACACAGUCACCUAAGAAAGACGGCUGUGUACCGGUCACUUUUUCCCCGAUCACUUCAAAAGUGCAAAAAACCAUAGUAACUGUACCCCAUUUGCGCGCGAUAGGCGAUGGAUCGCGUAGUCAAAGUGCGGCCGCUGCCGCUAACGCUCAUUUAGUCAAUACGAAUACAAAUCAGUCGUUGAUAAAAAGUAAUUCUGGUGUGGGUACUGUUACCUCAGUGUCCAACCCAUCCAACACAUUGAUGCGUAAACAUAAAAUCUCUGAAAUCAAUUCCGAACUAAAGCGCAUAACGACAGCAAGUAGCACAAGUGCCGCAGCAGAGGCUGAAAGUAUCGUUGAUGUUGGUGCACCACCUGAGGCGAAAAAGUUGGCGUCUGGCAGUCGUAUAGUAAUGUUGCCACGUUCAAUGCUACGCACAACAGCUGGUGGCAGUGGUCAAGUGCGUCAGGUUACGCUGCAAUCGAAUGCCGGCGCACCGGAUAGUAAUAAUGGUCGUCAAUCGCCAACGCGAAAGCUAUUGCAACAGCAACAUCAGCAUCAGCAUCAACAUCAGCAACAGCAACAACAACAUUCAAUGCAGAGCGUCCUCAAGAGCAAUAACACGCUAGGGGUAAAUGAUGCGAGCGGACAAAAAUCGCUGCUAAUUAAUGGCAAGACGCAGGCGUUGAUCGCACAGCAGCAGCUACAACAACAGCAGCAGCAGUAUAAAACGUUGCAAUUGAAGAGAGAAUUUCAGCAACAGCAGCCGCAACAAUAUGACUCGAAAUUACCGACGUUGUCGAAGGGCUUAAGUGCUAAUAUCAGUAGCUAUAACAACCAAAGUGGUAGUAAUGACACUGCCAUCUACAAUGCCGUUGAUAACAAAUUACUAAAUUUUAAAAUUAAAUUAGAGCCCAUAGAUGAGAAACCGGAUGUGACAACCACACCGGAUUUGAUGCAGGAUGUGGCGAAUGGCGGCAUACGUCGGAAACACUGCAAUUGCAGCAAAUCACAAUGCUUGAAAUUGUAUUGCGACUGCUUUGCCAAUGGCGAAUUCUGUCAGGAUUGCACAUGUAAAGAUUGUUUCAAUAAUCUGCAAUACGAGGAUCAACGGCAGCGGGCGAUCAAAAAUUGUCUAGAACGAAAUCCCAGUGCAUUCAAACCGAAAAUAACCACCUCACGUGAACAAGGCGACAUGCGUCACAACAAAGGCUGCAACUGUAAACGCUCCGGCUGUCUCAAGAACUAUUGCGAAUGUUAUGAGGCGAAAAUACCCUGCUCAUCCAACUGCAAAUGCGUUGGUUGUCGUAAUAUUGAGGAACGUCCCGAUUUGGACUUGGAUCCAAUUGAUCCGAAAAUUUUGGCUACCAUUGCGAGUGUUUCGCUGCCAGCUGCCGGACAAAAGCGUUCAUAUGACAAGGGCAAUAACAAAACGGCAGGAAUUGGUAAUGACAAACUUUAUAAGGAUACCGCUAAAGCUCUAGCAAUGGGUAGUGACUUGCUGGCUGGUCUUGCUGGCGGCAGCAGCAGUUUGGCUGGCAGUAGUUGCAGUGGCAGCAAUGGUGUUGCAGGUGGCGCUGGUGGCGGUACCAGUUCAGCACAAGAAAAACAACAAUGCAACUUUAUUACGCAGGAAGUAGUUGAUGCUACCAUACAGUGCAUGAUCUCGCAGGCGGAUGAAUGCGAAAAGAAUGGUUUGCCUGCAUAUCAGACCGAAAAAAUGGUUAUGGAAGAAAUGGGACGCUGUUUGGUGGAAAUAAUCGAUUUCUCAAUACGCAAUACCGAUUCGAGUUUUACGCAGGAUUAAACGUGUGGCGACUACGAAGAGGCAUGAGGACGACGAUCAAUUGAUGAAUUGGAUAUGGAGCAUAGUUUUUGAAUAUGAACAGACUAGCGUCGCCCUAGUUUGACGGUUUUUAAUUUAAUAAAUUAUAAAAUAUAUUAACAGUAAUCUAUGCACAUAUACACAUAUACAUGUAUACAUAUAAUAAAGUAUAUAACUUUAACAGAGUCUGUGUAAAUAGGGACUUCUUUCACUACUUCAAUUAGUGUAGCUCAUAUGCUUAGCCUCAAGUGGUUAGCGUUAAGCGGAAUUGUCUAUAAGCAAUUUUAGUGCAUAUACUAUUUGUAGAGGGGAUAUACUUAACGAUUGCUGAAGAACAAUUCGGUUCGUGCAUGCAGUAUAUUCGAGAAAUCGGUUAUUUAAAAUAUGAGCCAUCUAUUUUGAAAGUGGCAUAAGUAAUUUUAUGCAGUUUCAGUUCAGUGAUAAUAUAUCUAUAUAUCUAUAUAUGAACGCGUAUGUCCAAAUUUCAUCAGCUAAAGGUCAAAACUUUGUGAUUAGUUUAUAACGGUAGAACGAUUUACAGAUGCAUUCAGUUAGAGGUACCAACCAUUUAAGCAUAAGAGCUAGGAAAUGACUUAUGACACUUUCAAAAUAAUCUGAUCAUAUACUAAGCUAAAUAGUAAAUAUUUUCUUUAGUUGAUACGCAUUAAGUUUGAACAGUUUUUCGUCAGGUUUUUCUUUACCUUUUUAAUUUAUCGGUUAAACGGCUUUUUUGAAAAGCACAAUGUUUCUUUUUAGAUUAUUUUAUAACGGUAUUUUGUAAUUGUUUUCACCUUUUUUUAAGCUUAAGUUUAACGUUAAACGAUAUUUUCUUCAAAUUAUACUAUAUUUUAUGAUUACUUUCUAUUGUACCUUUUGGUUGCUCUAAUAUUUACUAAUAACGAAACAAAGAAAGCACUUACAAUUAAUUUAAUUAAAAUGCUAAGCAUAUGAAUUUGCAACAAUAUGUACACACAUAUAUGUAUGCAUAUAUUCGCUGUAUGGAAUAGUAGUUUAUGUCGAAAGGCGUUCGCAGCAUACGACUGCGCCGAGCCGUUGAAGAACUUUUAACUUUAACGCGGCAUUAUACUAAAGCCAGCUUCCUGACAUAAGCUACUAUUCCAUACGAAAACAGAUUAUAUACAGACGUUUCAAUUACACAGCGCGUGUAGAAAAAUACUAUCUUAAAAUGUAUAUUAUAUGGCGAGUGUCUAAUCAAAACAUGAUAUUUCCACUAUACAUUCGGCCCUAUCGCGAAUUUCACGUGAACAAAUGUUCCCAAAAUUUAUAAAGGAAAACAAAAACAAUUUUUCCCAAUUUGUUUUUGUUUUGCUUAUUAAAUUCUGGGAACGAUUUAUUCACAUCGAAUUGGCAAUGGGGCUAAUUAUUUUACAGGAGGAACAAAAAACGAAAAUACAAAAACAAAAAACGUACUGAAAAUAUCGCAAAUUUCAAAGUUUGAGUAGGUUUAAAAAAUGUAUUAGAAAUUUUUUAAAGUGUAAUAGAGUGUUUUUCAGACGUAACUCAUUUUGAAGGUAUUAUUAAAAAAAAAAAUGAAAUAAAAAACUUGCAGAAGUGGAAAUAUCUUUUGAUCAGACACUUCUCAGGCAAAAAAAAAGUUGAACACCAUUUUAAUACAUAUACAUAACUGACUUAAAAUUUGAUGACUCUUAAACGAAAAAAAAUUAAUUUCAAGAAUUAGUUUUAGGACUAACCAUUGUAUAAUUUGACUCGUUGUAAAUAAAG